CCUCUCAGGGCAGCCAUUUUUACAUCACCUUGCAGCUGUUGCUCAUGACUUAAACCAUAACUAACGGCAUUAAUAGCAUCUGUAUGUUUUAAAAUCACUUAACAAUGACAAUGAUAACCAUUAACUAUUAUCUAAGAAGACACCUGAUGAGGACAACAGCUUUGUGCCUGUGUGCGAAGCUUCUUUCAGGCCCUGACUGUGCUAUUGGAAGUGCUAUUUACCCCCAUAAAAUAGCUCUCGUCAACAGCAGGUCCUCAAAACCAAGCACGGAUGAUGGAGCGGAUGAUCAGCGUCUUUACCAGGCACACACGUUUCUUCUCAGGAUUCAGGUAAAACAGACAGAGACCAGCAGACGCUUGCAGACGUGCACCAUUAUACAUCCUCCCAGAAGAUUUGUUUCAUAUCGUCAAUGUUUUCCCAAUUUUCCACACUGCCGAGCAUCCCUUUCAGCUUCAGUUCAAAGGCACUGAAGGCGAGCAUCUUUGACUGCGCCACUCUGGACACUGGCAUGCGGACUUCAGCCGGGACAUUUGAUACAUCGAAAUUGGCGUAGUAAGGGAGUCCUUCCUUCAUUAUGGCCCAUCUUAAAAGAAACAAGGCCGUAAGUAUCUUUUCAGCUCUUAUUUACAGUACAUGCUUUGGGAGCUAAAAACUCACUGGAACAAGCUCUUUUUAGAUGCCAGCUCUUUUUUGCGAUGCUCAAUCAACAACGGGUGGUCAUCUUCAAAAACCUUCAUGGCUGAGUUGUUCAAAAAACAAAGAAGCCACAUUUUUAAGUCUAUAAGAAAUACACGACCAAUGGUACGGGUAUCUGAAGCCGACCUCUUCCUCCUCUCAGCUCCACCACUUCGUUAUCGGCCAGCCAUUCGUGACACGGGAAAAGGAUGGCCUCUCCUUCCGGGGUGGUCACCACAAUUUUGGAGCAGUACCACUCGUUGUCGGAGAAGAAGAAAUAAGGAUCUUUCUCUACCUUGACCAGCAGGAGUUUCCCCAGAGUCAGAGUGGUUCCAUUGUCCAAAAACGGCGACACCAUGUCCUCCGUGACCGGGAAGUUGGACGGCAGCUUGGAGCAGCGUCGGAUCAUGUAAACGUUGACUCCAUUAAGAAACUGACAAUACCUGAGAGGGGCGACCUUGUGAACCAGGACACCGUCAUGUCCUUGAAGCUUUCCCAGCGCUCUGUUGAAUAGCGAAUGCCUUUCUCCAAGAGCUCUUCCUUCCUGCAUGGGUGUGCGUGCACGUGGCCCAGGUGUGGCGCUCACAGGUCGCUGGGAUAAACGUGCACGUGACAGCAGCUGGUAUGCACGCACACUUGGCUCGUCUAGGGCGACGUGGUUCCACGACAAGGCAAGCGUAAAGAUGGGUUCCCUCGGCUUGCUCCUGCUUCCCACCCUGCUCUCCCGCCUCCUGGUCCUCUCUCACGGCAUCGGCAUCCACGAGCGAGCUGCCGUCCCGCGCGCCGUGUCCCGCUCCGUGGCCCGGAUGGACGGAGACGUGAUCAUCGGCGCACUCUUCUCCGUUCACCACCAGCCGUCGGCAGAGAAAGUGGCCGAGAGGAAGUGUGGGGAUGUCCGCGAGCAGUACGGCAUCCAGCGAGUGGAGGCCAUGUUCCACACCUUGGACCGCAUCAACGCAGAUCAGAACCUGCUCCCCAACAUCAGCCUGGGUUGCGAGAUCCGGGACUCCUGCUGGCACUCCUCCGUGGCCCUGGAGCAGAGCAUCGAGUUCAUCCGAGACUCCCUGAUCUCCAUCAGAGACGACAAGGAUGGCUCCAAAUGGUGCGUUGACGGCACGCACUCCAACCAGCCGCCGCCGACCAAGAAGCCCAUCGCCGGAGUGAUCGGACCCGGGUCCAGCUCUGUGGCCAUUCAGGUGCAGAACCUGCUGCAGCUCUUCAACAUCCCGCAGAUUGCCUACUCCGCCACCAGCAUCGACCUGAGCGACAAGACUCUGUUCAAGUACUUCCUGAGGGUUGUGCCCUCUGACACACUGCAGGCCCGAGCCAUGCUGGAUAUUGUGCAGCGCUACAACUGGACCUACGUGUCUGCGGUGCACACUGAAGGGAACUAUGGUGAGAGCGGGAUGGAGGCCUUUAAGGAGCUGGCCUCUCAGGAAGGCUUGUGCAUCGCCCACUCAGACAAGAUCUACAGCAACGCCGGCGAGAAGCAGUUUGAUCGGCUUCUCAGGAAGCUGCGCGAGCGCCUGCCCAAAGCUCGCGUGGUGGUGUGCUUCUGCGAGGGCAUGACCGUCCGCGGGCUCCUCAUGGCCAUGCGGCGACUGGGGGUGUACGGGGAGUUCCUCCUGGUCGGCAGUGAUGGAUGGGCCGACCGCUACGAAGUGGUGGAGGGCUACGAGCAGGAAGCCAAGGGAGGAAUCACCAUGAAGCUGCAGUCGGAGGUGGUCAAGUCCUUCGACGAUUACUACCUGAAGCUGCGUCUGGACACCAACACCAGGAAUCCUUGGUUCGCGGAGUUCUGGCAGUACCGCUUCCAGUGCCGUCUGCCUGGCCAUCCUCAGGAGAACAAGAACUACAAGAAAGUCUGCACCGGAAAUGAGAGCCUGCAUGAAAACUACAUUCAGGACAGCAAGAUGGGCUUCGUCAUCAACGCCAUCUACGCCAUGGCUCACGGCCUCCAUGACAUGCACAGCGAGCUGUGUCCGGGCCUGACAGGGCUCUGCAAGGCCAUGGACCCCAUCGACGGCAGCAAGCUUCUGGACUACCUGCUCAAGACGUCCUUCAGAGGCGUCUCGGGGGAGGACAUCUACUUUGAUGAAAACGGAGACACCCCCGGAAGGUAUGACAUCAUGAAUCUACAGAACGUGGAGGACGGCCGGUAUGACUACAUCAACGUGGGCUCCUGGCAUGAGGGCAUCCUGAGCAUUGACGACAACAAGCUAUGGAUGAACAGCAGCAACAUGGUGCGAUCAGUCUGCAGCGACCCCUGCUCCAAAGGACAAAUCAAGGUGAUCAGGAAGGGCGAGGUGAGCUGCUGCUGGAUCUGCACCACGUGCAAGGAGAAUGAGUUUGUCCAGGAUGAGUUCACCUGCAAGGCCUGCGAGCUGGGAUGGUGGCCUGAUGAUGACUUGGCAGGCUGCCAGCCUCUGCCUCUGAAGUAUCUCGACUGGGCAGACGUGGAAUCCAUCGUCGCUGUGGUGUUCUCCUGUGUUGGCAUCCUCAUCACCUCCUUCGUGACCUUCAUCUUCAUCCAGUACCGCGACACUCCCGUCGUGAAGUCGUCCAGCCGGGAGCUCUGCUACAUCAUCCUGGCGGGCAUCUUCCUGGGCUACAUCUGUCCGUUCACCUUGAUCGCCCGCCCCACCGUGGCCUCCUGCUACCUGCAGCGCCUCCUGGUGGGCCUGUCGUCUGCAAUGUGCUACUCGGCGCUGGUGACCAAGACCAACCGCAUCGCUCGCAUCCUGGCGGGCAGCAAGAAGAAGAUCUGCACCCGGAAGCCGCGCUUCAUGAGCGCCUGGGCGCAGGUGAUCAUCGCCUUCAUGCUGAUCAGCGUCCAGCUCAGUCUGGAGAUCACGCUCAUCAUUCUGGAGCCGCCCGAACCCAUCAAGUCGUACCCCAGCAUACGUGAGGUCUAUCUCAUCUGCAAUACCAGCAACAUUGGCAUGGUGGCGCCGCUGGGCUACAACGGCCUACUCAUCAUGAGCUGCACCUAUUACGCCUUCAAGACGCGAAACGUCCCGGCCAAUUUUAAUGAGGCCAAAUACAUCGCCUUCACCAUGUACACCACCUGCAUCAUCUGGCUGGCCUUCGUGCCCAUCUACUUUGGCUCCAACUACAAGAUCAUCACCACCUCCUUCUCCGUCAGCCUCAGCGUCACCGUGGCGCUGGGCUGCAUGUUCACACCCAAGAUGUACAUUAUCAUUGCUAAGCCAGAGAGGAAUGUCCGAAGCGCCUUCACCACCUCCGACGUGGUGCGAAUGCACGUCGGCGACGGGAAGUCUGCGGCGGCCUGCGGCACCAACAGCUUCCUCAAUAUGUUCCGCAGGAAGAAGCCCGCAUCUGGCAAUGCCAAUUCUAAUGGCAAGUCUGUGUCAUGGUCUGAAUCAGGUGCAAGACACCCUCCUCCGAGGGGAGGGAAUGUGUGGCACAGACUGUCUGUGCAUGUGAGGAAACAGGAAGCCGGCUUGAAUCAGACGGCGGUCAUCAGGCCCCUAACUAACACCCCCGACCCCCACAGUUGUGAGCCCUCCGCCCGCGACCUUGGCACAGACCCUCACCCCCCUCAAGAAGCGCCACACGCAAGGCCCCCGCCCGAUCCCGUGGAGGAAGACGACAAGGGGCGCACCCUCUAUGCUGGCCUCGAAGAAGGGGCGCAAGGGCCAGCUUCCUACCUGCCCCCCCGCGCUCAGGGGCCCCUGGUGGAAACACACUGCUCCCACGUCCCUGCACGCAUUGACCGCCCCCCUCGGGAGCUCGUCAAUGAGCCUUUGAGAUCAACACAGCUUCCUUUGGCCCCAAAAGGGCGGCUGUUUGAGGAGCCCCACGAAGAGGAGCUGGACCUUUUACACGAAUACAUUUACGACGCCAAGGAGGAAGGGGGCGGGGGCGUACCCCACAACACAAAGCCAACUUUGGAGGACACCCUUGCUCUGUCCCCACCGUCCCCCUUCAGAGAUUCGGUGUGUUCAGAGGAGUCCGUCCCCGGGUCCCCCACCGUGGAGUCCAUGCUCGGGGGUCCCCACACCGCCAACAUCCUCCGGGACUUGGCACACAGCUCCUCAACACUGUGAGAAGCACACUUUCCAUUUGACGAGCUUUUCUUACUUCUUCUUCUGUCAUGUUUUGCUUGCUUGUGUUUCCAGUUAGGGCUCCAAUAAAAGUCAGCACACACGACAACAUCAGUGCCAAACAAACAUCAGCAGCUCUCAUGCAGCAUCGUGCAAAAGUAUUAGGUCACCACUAGCUCCUGUUUUUCCAUGACCUCCAUCACAGCAGGGUCAAACUAGUGGGUUGUGCCACGCAGACGACUCAUCCAACCACUUUCACAACAUGUAAGUCCUUUUCAAUUUACUGGCCACCUGGCUGAAGGCGCACGUUUGUGUGCUAUCAGCAUGCUAACCACUGUAGCCUGCGAGCUAACAAUCACAGCACUUGUCACUCUUUCACAGUCGGACUAUCACAUUUCCUCAUAGCAUGGCGCCGCUCAUUUAUUCACUCAACUGCAGAGAGUACCAGGCGUCUAUUAAGGGUAAGGCAUUUGAUAUUCGGGAGGAAUAACCUUUUCCUCCCCACUCUUUCACACUUGAGUUGUCAUAUUUCCUUACAUAGUGACUGCAGGCAUUUAGUUGCUCAACCGCAGAGAGUAGCAGGCGUCUAUUAAGGGUAAGGUAUGUUUGUUAAGGGUAAGACAUUCAGUAUUCAGGAGGAACAUUUUUAUUUUCGCUCUUUCACAGUCCAAUUGUCACGUGACUCUCUGCAUUUACAGUAGUUGCUCAACUGCAGAGAGUACCAGGCGCCUAUUAAGGGUAAGGCAUUUGAUAUUGAUGGAGGAAAACUUUUUAUUUUCACUCUUUCACAGUGUAGUUAUCAUAUUAUACUAUACAGUGGCUGCAGGCUUUUACUUGCUCAACUGCAGAGAGUACCAAGCAUCUAUUACGGGGAAGGCGUUUGUUAUUCAGAGGGAAAACAUUUUUUAAAUAGUUGUAAAUAACAAAAAAAUAAUAAAUAAGAAAAAAUAUAGAUUUAUUGUAAUGUAUAUAUCUUUGUGGGACGAUUCAUAAAUACAUUAAAGAAAAAUAACUAAAUUGCUUAUCAUUAUUUUAUAUAAUGAAUGUAAUACAAACAUGUAUAAGGUAUUGUGAGGCAUUUUGGCAUGCAGCGAUCAAUUGAGGUACGGCAUCUACUGUAUCAGAGCAGAGGCCGCUAUUUGAGGAAAUAUGGUCAUUGUAGCAUUGCUAAAAAACACACAUCUAAUGGUGGCCUAGGACUUUUGCACCUUGCUGUUAAAAAAUAUAAACAAAGAGAAUCACUGGGUAAAAAUGGAAGUGGAAACCCUCUUAAAGGUCUACCAUAAUUGCAAAAAACCCAUAUAUACAGUAUGUGUGUGUGUAUGUAUGUAUACAUAUACAGUAUAUAUAUGAAUGAAAGCAGCACAAGCCAGUCAGGAGGGCAUCUUUACCUGUUUUUUUUUGCGUUUUUUAUUCGCAGACGUCACGCUAGAUGCCUCAUAACAAUCGAAAUACAAAGCGAUGAUUUCACGUUAAAGAAAAAAGUAUGCCGGUUGAAUGCUAGUGUUGCCGUGUUGCUUGGCGUCUUUCGGGGGCGCCGUGCCGUAUGUGGACUAGAUGUGUCAAAUCCAACGUAUUGGUACACGAGCACAGCACCACAAAAGAUGCUUUGGGGGUAUUUUCCUCAUCUUUUCUGCUGUGUCAUUGCAACGCAAAAAAAAGGAGAGAAAAAAACACAAAAAAGAACAAACACAGUACUUGUACUUUGUAAUACUGUUAAACCAUCUCUUGUUUUUUCACACAGGUGGUAUGUUUGUAAUACGGAUAAAUGUUUCUAUAUUUAGAAUGUCGACAGUCCAAAAAACACACACACACACAAAGUUUAUACAAUUUGUCUUGUGUUUGCUUUUUUGGAGGGGCUAACCUUCAAGCUAACUUGUACAAGUAACCAAUGACUAGUUGCUUCUUGUAAUGACAUAUAUUUACUUCUUCUACUUUUCUCAAUAAGAAUGCACAUUAUUUCCAAGUAUAAGGCUAUAUACAGUACAUAGUGCCAGUGUAUUGGAUUUACAAAUGUUUAUCAUAGUGGAUUUUGUUCAAUGAUUUCUAUCCGAUGUAAAAAAAUCAAAUAAUAAUAAUAAAAAGUAACAACAGGGUGCCGCCAUGUUGAACCAUAGAAAGAAACAGGCCUUUAUGUUUCAGUCCAAUAAAAACAGUUUAUACUGAAAAGUC